CCAAGAAUGGACGCCCCUAUAAUCAAGUUGGCUUUUGCUGGCAGUGUAUACGAGGAGGAAGCUUGAUGCUGUAUAUUACUAUAUGCGUAGUUUAGCUGCCAGCAACCCCAUCCUGACUGCCAAAGAGAGUCUAAUGAGCUUGUUUGAAGAGACCAAACGAAAGGCAGAACAGAUGGAGAAGAAGCAAUAUGAGGAACUUGAACUGAGUCCUGAUCAGUGGCGGAAAGGAAAGAAGUCUACUUUCCCACAUAUUGGAGAUGACACCACUCGCCUGGAGAUUUGGAUUCAUCCAUCCCAUCCCCGGUCCUCUCAGGGCACUGAGUCUGGAAAGGAUUCUGAACAGGAGAAUGGGCUGGGCAGCCUGAGCCCCAUUGAUCUGAACAAAAGGUUCAUCCUCAGUUUUCUCCAUGCCCAUGGGAAGCUGUUUACCCGGAUUGGGAUGGAGACAUUCCCUGCAGUGUCUGAGAAGGUCCUCAAGGAGUUCCAGGUGUUGCUGCAACAUAGCCCGUCUCCUAUUGGAAGUACCCGUAUGCUGCAGCUUAUGACCAUCAAUAUGUUUGCUGUACAUAACUCCCAGUUGAAAGACUGCUUCUCAGAGGAGUGUCGUUCUGUGAUCCAGGAGCAAGCUGCAACCCUGGGCCUGGCCAUGUUUUCUCUACUGGUGCGGCGCUGUACCUGCUUACUUAAGGAAUCUGCCAAAGCUCAACUGUCCUCUCCUGAGGACCAGGAUGAUCAAGAUGACAUCAAGGUGUCUUCCUUUGUCCCAGACCUGAAGGAACUGCUCCCCAGUGUGAAAGUCUGGUCAGACUGGAUGCUCGGCUACCCAGACACCUGGAAUCCUCCGCCCACAUCCCUGGAUCUGCCCUCUCAGGUUGCUGUGGAUGUGUGGUCGACACUGGCUGAUUUCUGUAACAUAUUGACUGCGGUGAAUCAAUCUGAAGUGCCACUGUACAAGGACCCGGAUGAUGACCUCACCCUUCUUAUCCUGGAAGAAGAUCGGCUUCUCUCAGGCUUUGUCCCCUUGCUGGCUGCCCCUCAGGACCCCUGCUACGUGGAGAAAACCUCAGAUAAGGUUAUUGCAGCCGACUGCAAAAGGGUCACAGUGCUGAAGUAUUUUCUGGAAGCCCUUUGUGGACAAGAAGAGCCUCUGCUGGCAUUCAAGGGUGGAAAAUAUGUGUCAGUGGCACCCGUCCCAGACACCAUGGGAAAGGAAAUGGGAAGCCAAAAGGGAAAACAACUGGAAGAUGAGGAGGAAGACGUGGUGAUUGAAGAUUUUGAGGAAGAUUCAGAGGCUGAAGGCAGUGGAGGCGAGGAUGACAUCAGGGAACUUCGGGCCAAAAAGCUGGCUCUAGCCAGGAAGAUAGCUGAGCAACAACGUCGCCAGGAGAAGAUUCAGGCUGUCUUGGAAGACCAGAGUCAGAUGAGGCAGAUGGAGCUGGAGAUCAGACCCUUGUUCCUUGUACCAGACACCAACGGCUUCAUUGACCACCUGGCCAGUCUGGCACGGCUGUUGGAGAGCAGGAAGUACAUCCUGGUGGUGCCCCUCAUCGUGAUCAAUGAGCUGGAUGGACUGGCCAAGGGGCAAGAGACAGACCACCGAGCUGGGGGCUAUGCCCGUGUGGUGCAAGAAAAGGCCCGGAAGUCCAUUGAGUUCCUCGAGCGGCGAUUUGAGAGUCGGGACUCUUGCCUACGGGCCUUGACCAGCCGUGGCAAUGAACUUGAAUCCAUUGCAUUCCGCAGUGAGGACAUCACUGGCCAGCUGGGUAACAAUGAUGACCUGAUCCUUUCUUGCUGCCUACACUACUGCAAAGACAAAGCUAAGGACUUCAUGCCCACCAGCAAAGAGGAGCCAAUCCGCCUAUUGCGGGAGGUGGUGCUGCUGACAGAUGACCGGAACCUGCGUGUGAAGGCUCUGACAAGGAAUGUGCCUGUGCGGGACAUCCCAGCCUUCCUCACGUGGGCCCAGGUGGGCUGAAGGGGCCACACAGGGGCCCACCCCCAUGGAACCGUUCCUGAGAGGCCACUAGGCAUCCACUGUAGCACGGAAGAUGCCCAUGUGCCUGAGCCACCAAUCCACCCAGACAAUAAACCAUCCUCUUCCAACCCACGCCGUGGCCGUGCUGUGGGGGAGCUGCUCCUCACAUAGCCCCUCCCAAGGGUCGGGCGGCAGCUGCUGGGACCCUCCUGGGCUGCCAAGAUUUAGCAGGGAGGUGGCUGACUACAGUGACAACAGGUGGGCAAGCCAGAUCAGCCGCCCGUGCUCUCAGCCUUUCUCCUCUCAUCUUGUUCAGGGCUGGGGGAAGGCUGCUCACCCUGGGACUUGUCCACUUUCUCCAGGUGGUGAUGGGGCAGGGCUUCUAGAGUUCCCAUUAGAUGCAGGUGAAAUCGGACCCCUUGUAAUCUGCAGAACCUCUGGCCUGUGUCCAAGAGGCUUUAGGUGUGUUAUGAAGAAAGUGCCCAGGGGUGUAUUUCCAUCUUCCUGAGGUCUGGAUCCCCCAUGGACCCAAGUUGGGUUCUGUCCCUAACAGCAGCCCUAGGUCCCUAUGUCUGUCACCCCCACCCCAAACAUACACCCAUCCUGCUGUUCCUCUUCCUGUCCAUAUCAACCUGCAUCCCUUACACUUGCCCCGCCUUGCUUUUCCUUUAAACUAUCAUGGGUCUAGAAGGAAAGGACUUCUAGUCACAGGCCCAUGCUUCCUGGGUGGCCUUCACCUGCUCAUUCUACCCUUCUUGACCUUUCUUUUGCUCUUGUUCCCUCUUUGGGAAAUUUCCUCAGACUCUUGUCAUCCCUCCCUCACACCUUCACCCCAGAACAUCCUUUUAUCCUCCUUCCUUUUCUAAUUGGUCUCUUUCGACCUCCAAGGUCCCCUCAACUUCCUCACUUCAGUUCCUCCUCAUGAGAGUUCUCACUCUGAAUCUUCCUCCUUCCACUACCUGUGGCAGGAACCUAAUAAAACUUUCCCACCCAUCUUUCCUUCUCAGGCCCCUAUGCUCUGAGAAGCUUCCAAGGUUGAUACAUCCCAGCCUGAAAGCAUUACUCAGCCUUGAUUGUUCACCAUUUCUGACUUUUCCCUCUACUUCCCAGAACUGACACAGGGGCCCCUUAGCCUUUGAGGUUUUUGUUGCCCCUUAGCUGGUACCCAUGUUCACAGCCUCCUUCCAGAGGCUUCCUAUCAGGAAUGAGUUCCCUCCAACCCAGGGCAGGAAUAAAGGAGCUAAGACUUAGAGAUAAGGCAGGGUCUCUGGUGAGCAAAGGGAUAAAUCCUGAUGGGACCAGUGAGGAAUCUCCCCACAGCCCACAUCUGGCCUUACUACCUGCCCCUCUGGGAACUUUCCUGGGGAUGCUGGGCCUUUCCCAGGCCCGGGACGGUGCCAACAGGGGGCUGGGCAGGACAGUUCAGGCCUGUGGUUUGGGAUGUCCCUAUGGACUCAUUACUCAGAGACCGGCUCUUUGGGUACAGGGUCCUGGCCUCCCAUGAGAUCCUCUUUUCUGUCCCAUUUGAAGUCCCGGUUUUGUUUGCUUAAUAAAUUUUUAGUUAUGAAACAUACUUGACCUCUUGCCAGUCUGUUUU